UUAGUCACAUUGUGUGAAUAAUCAGUGGUCAGUUUAUUAGGAACACUUGUCUCAGAACAAGUCAGGUGAUAAUGUUCAGGCUGUUUCACAGACGUCUCACUUCACCUGCGUGGUCAGUGGAGGCUGUAGUUUGUGCUGUUGCUCAACUGAACUUGUACAGAGAACUGUUUCUGUUUGCCUCGCUGACAUAAAUGGGGUGGACAGUAUAUUAGAAACACCUGUCAGUAUAACUCUACAUACUCCAGCCUCCAAUAUGAUCAGUCACACAGUUGAACACACACUGAAAACCAUCAUGAAGCCCCUCCUCUACGCGGAUACGCAUUGUUGUUCGCCGAUAAUCAAAGAUGGCGGCCGGACCCGCGUAAACUGGAGAGACCAUAGAGGUCGUUAUCCUGACUUUGUGUUGUCAGUGACAUCCUGUGACAACUAAAGUGGUCGACAAAGCAGGAUCCAUGGCUUUUGAGGAGCUCAAGGGUAAAAGAGAAAUGGAUAUGGGGAUGGAGGGAGAAAGGGGCCUUGUGGCCGGUCGUAGUCAGAGAGAGAAGAGGAGGUCGUACAAGGACCUGCUACGAGAGGAGGAGGAGAUUGCUGCUCAGGUCCGAAAGACUUCCAAGAAACGACCCAAGGAUUCAGAACUUUUCAUGCUGGGAGGGGACUUGCACAAAAAGAAGAAGAAACACAGUGAUGACUACUACUACAGAGAGCACGAUGGCUCAUGUCCACCUCCUCACAAGAAAAAGCACAAGUCUGCAGACCACUCUCCGCCUCUGUCUUCCCCCUCGUCUUCUACAGAUACUGCAAUGGGCCUCCUGCAGGCCAUCACCUCUCCCCUAGCCACAGGUUCAGACCCCAGCCCCCACCUCCACAAGAAACCCUCCUACCCCUCCUUCUCUUCUCACUCCUCUAAGGACCGCAAACGAGAGAGCAGCAGCGCUGCUGGAAACAAAGGGAGCCACUCCUUGUCUCACUCCCGCCCCUCAUCUUCAUCGUCAUCUUCCUCCAAGAAGCACUCCUUGGCUUCCUCAAAGUCAUCUCUAUUCCAUGGUGGCGUGCCCAAAGAGGAGCCCCUGAUGUUACGAGAGGCCGACGGGCUCAAGAUGAAGCUCAUCAUGUCUCCAGAGAAAGAGGAAGGAGAGAGCUUCCCGUUCACGCCGCACACUUCCAAAGGAGGCGUGAAGAAAGAGAAAGACAGAGACGGGACGCAGCCGUCCAAGUUGCCCAAGAAGAAGCUCCAGCAGAGUCGAGAUCCACUGCCUGUGGUGGGCAAGGAGGUGGAGGUGGAAGGUCAUUAUGGAGGUGGCAUGGGAGAUGACAGCUCCUUGUCUGGGGGUGAGCUGGAGGCAGGUGAACUGGUUAUAGAUGAUUCAUACACACACCUGUCAAAGAAGAAGAAGAAGAGCAAGAAAAGCAAGAAGAAAAAGGACAAGGAGAAAGACAGAGACAAGGAGAAAGACAGAGACAAAGAUAAAAGUGGGAAGGACAAGAAGCAUGGCAAAGGACUCGGAGAUGCCUCGAAGCACAGCCACUCCCAUCCCACUGUCACUCACAGCGCUGUGGGGCCCAUGUACGCCUUGGGCACACCCGUCCCCCCACACCACCAUCAAGGCAGCGAUGGGACAACAGAGAAGAAGAAGAAGAAAGAGGAGAAAGAUCGGGAAAAGCAUGAGAAAGAUAAAGACAAGCCCAAGAAGAAGAACACAACUGCGUAUCAGGUGUUCUGUAAGGAGUACAGGGUCAACAUCAAUGCAGAGCAGCCAGGACUCGUAUUUGGUGAGCUGAGCAAGAAGCUGGCAGAGGUGUGGAAGGCGAUGCCCGAGAAAGACAAACUAGUGUGGAGGCAGAAAGCUCAGUAUCUGCAGCACAAACAGAACAAAGCCGAGGCCACGACAAUCAAACACAAGAGCUCCAACGAGGGCAAGAGCAAAGUUGGAGGAACGGGAACAGCGAUGGUGUCACCAAACAGAGCUGCUGGUAUGAUGUCUCUGUCUCCAGCGCGAGUCCCAGAUGUUGAUCCCAUUGAUGCAGCAGCUCACCUGCAGCUGCUCGGAGAGUCCCUGUCCCUGAUUGGACAUAGACUCCAAGAAACCGAGGGGAUGGUUGCUGUCUCCGGGAGUCUGUCUGUUCUUCUGGACUCCAUCCUGUGUGCACUUGGACCCCUGACCUGCCUCACAGCACAGAUCCCACAGCUGAACGGGUGUCCUCGCAAUGUCCUGGUACAGUACUGACACA